GGCAUGUUUUCGCACCACGACUUUCGGGGCAGUAAUAUAAUGGUCACCGAACCCGACGACGAGAUACUGUUUUGCGAUCUCGAGUACUCGGCGUACGGGUGGCGGGGCUUUGACUUCGGCACCAUUUUGGUUGAGUGGGGCCGCACUUUCAGCGAAUUCGGCAAAUCAGAGAAAGACAUCCAAAAGUAUCCAAACGACGAGACAAUCAAAGGGUUGUUGAAAAUAUAUGUCGAAGAGUCGAUACGACUAUUGGGCCCGAAGUUUGCCAAUAAUCCGGUCAAUUCAAUUGAUCACAUCUUAAGAGAGGCCAAACUCUUCUCUUUGGCUGCGAUUAUGUUUUUGGUGGUGUUUUCCAUCAAAAACGAUGUAAGCGAUGGCAUCAGUCUUCCCAUCGAUAAGAAACUGUUUAUGCAAUGGGGCGAAAAUGCUUAUGAGGGCUACUUUUACAUGAAGGAGAUGUUUGGAUUUCAAUAAAUUUUGUGCAUUAUUUACGGCAAAUAUACAGUAAAUAAUAUCAAAGC